AUGCACCCUGUACCUGUACACGCUGCAAUCCUCAACAAGAGGUCGCAUGAUUCGUUCGGCCAGCUGCCUGGCCGCAAGCAUCCGUGCAGCGGCGCCGUCUGCCUAGGUACAGCUCAAGUGCCGGCGCCUGUCUCGCAUGGCAGCGUCAUGGCCAUGUACGAGCCGGAGCCGCUGCGUCGCUGGCUGGCGAGUGGUCUUUUGGAAGCCGGCGGCGUCGUUGCGCCGAGUGAGACGCCCAACCACGCGCUCUUCAACGGUGGGUCCCAAAUAGGUGGGUCCAAGCGUCAUCUCUCUGCACAUGCCUUUCCUGCAGAUCGCGCUCCUGGCGACAGCAUCUGGAUCUGGCCACUGCCCCAUGUACCUCGACGCGCCGCAGCCCAGCCGUAG